UCCAUCAGAUUUCUAUAUUUGCUUAUUUAGUAUCUUCUGUUUUUCUAUCUUUCAUGAACAACUUCUCGAAGGUUACUUGGCCAACGGUCUUCGGUGGAAGCUUUAAAACGUUAACCUUAAGAUGGAACCUGAUUUGGUGAUUCAUCAAAUCGAUAGCCAACUUGAGCCUGCAAAUGGCCAAGAACAAGCUGAUGUGGAAGCAUUAAAUGCUAGUCAAGAAGCUAUACCUGACCCUGUCCCUGUUUCUGAUGGCCAAAAGGAAAAUGCUAAUGUGGAAGCAAAUCAGAAAAAGAGAAAAGUAUCACAACAAAGAUCAGUGGUAUGGGACCACUUUGAUUCCAUUAAAGAUACAAAGGGUGUUAUCUUGCAAGCAAAAUGUAAGUACUGUGCCCGUAUCUAUAAUUGUCAUGCCAAAAAAAAUGGAACAUCUACUUUGAGGGGUCAUAUGCUUAGAUGUACUAAACACCCACACACUAUUGAAACUAGGCAAGCCCUUUUAUCUUUUCAGCCUGUUGUGAAUGAUGGUUGUGUUGCUGCUCCUGAAAUGUUUAAUGUUGCUUCAUGGAAGUUUGAUCAAGAUGUAAUUAGGCAAGCUGUUGCAUAUAUGAUUAUUGUUGAUGAAUUGCCCUUUAAGUUUGUUGAGAAACAGGGUUUUAGGAAGCUAAUGAGUGUUGCUUGUCCUCUGUUUAAAAUCCCUUCUAGGUUUACUGUGAAUAGAGACUGUUAUUCCAUGUUUGUUGAAGAGAGAUUGAAAUUGAAAAAUAUUUUGAAAACAAGUACACAAAGAAUUAGUCUAACUAGUGAUUCAUGGACUUCCAAUCAAAGACUAAAUUACUGUCACGACCCAAAUUAUUGA